GCCACAGAGUCUAAGCGGUGCCUCAGGAAUUGAGAAGGAGCCACCUCGGAAGAAAGGACUGAGGAGUAGUGUGGCAGAGGGUGCCACCACUGAAUAGACCAUCCCACAGAGUCUCAUCGGUGCCUCAAGUAUGUAUCAAGGGAUAUCAACAUCAAGUCCUACACAACAGAUCUAAUCAUCUGGCGAACCAGUGACUGCUGUGAAAGGGCAGCUGACAACAAGGGAAAGACCUUGUGACAGCAUGGAAAGACAGCUGACAGGAGGGAACAGACCCCAACGGGGCCGCCAUGGGCUAGCUACCCGUGGCGGCGGGAUCCAGCACGAGAGGUGCAUGGGUCCCACCCACACAUAGCUACGAAAAGCCUUAAUAAGAAAACACCCCCUGAGCCAGCGAGAGCGGGGGCGGAAGAUGGCUCGUGGGCGGAUAACCCGGUAAUGAACACAGGAACGGAACAGACUACGAGAUUGAUGAUCAGCAUACAGGAGACUCCGACAGUUACAGCAGGACAUAAGCUCCAGAACUGCAUUUGUGGUUGGACAAAGGUUACCUCCACCCAAGGCCUGAAAAUACACCAGGGCAAAAAAGGGUGCCUAAAGAAGGGUCAACAGGGAAGACGCAUCGACAGCUACUUUCUGAGAAGCAGGCCGAGUCAGUCGACAAAAGUUCAGCAGCAGGACACACACCACAGUCUGCAGGACAUCAACACCCCUGCCCCAGACGAGGAACAACAAGGCACAAGAGGGCAACCUGAACCCAACCCAUCACGACCAACAGCAGAGAAGAAGACUCAGGGGCGAAGGCCAUUAGUUAAGUGGCCAAAAGCCUGCAACAAGACGAUGUGGAAGGAGGCCAACACUGAUCUCUGCAACAUGCUGGAAGCGAUCAGAGGCACAGCCUUGAAAAAGUUGGAAAGGAUGGGCGAUCUUAUCUAUGCCUACGGGGUGGAACGAUUUGGAGUGGUCGAAGACAAACGAGCUACUCCUUCAAUCACCACCAAGUCCAGAAGGCAGACAGAGAUAGAUCGCCUAGUCAAGGAGAGGAGACAGUUAAAGAAGCAAUGGAGGAAGGCCAUAGAGGAAGAGAAGGAGGGUAUUAACCUGUUGCAGGAAGAGAUUCGGGACAGGCUCGCAACACUGAGGAGAGCUGAAAACCUCCUAAGGAAGCGCAGAAGGAAGGAGCAAACAAGAUCCCGCUUCUACAAAGAUCCAUUCAAAUUUGUGAAGACCCUCUUCACAAAGGAGAAGAGCAGAAGUCUCUCAGUGUCAAAGGCCGACCUGGAAGAACAUCUGAAAAACUCCUGCACAGAUGACAGACACCAGGAAGAAGUUACACUCCCACAUGACAUGCCACCAGUCAACCCACCAGAGCAUGAGCUGGAUAUCAGUCUACCCAGGUGGAGUGAGGUAGAACAAACCGUGCGCAGAGCAAGGGCCGCAUCGUCUCCAGGCCCAAAUGGAGUUCCAUACAAGCUCUACAAAAGCUCCAGCUGUCCUGCGAUUCCUCUGGAAACUGAUGAGAGUAGUGUGGCAGAAGAAGGAGAUACCAACAUCCUGGCGGAGAGCCGGAGGGAUCCUUAUCCCAAAGGAAAAGGACUCUGCAGAGAUCGGGCAGUUUCGCAGAUCAGUCUUCUAAAUGUGGAGGGGAAAAUCUUCUUCAGCGUUGUCGCUCACCGGCUGGCAGGAUACCUGCAAAGAAACAACUUGAUCGACACGUCAAUUCAGAAAGCAGGCAUCUCAGGCUUCUCUGGUUGUGUAGAACAUGCUAGUGUCAUCUGGCAUCAGUUCCAGGUCACCAAAAAGGAGGGAACAGAUCUGCACCUGGUGUUCCUGGAUCCUGCAAAUGCCUUUGGCUCAGUCCCUCACAGCCUCCUCUGGACAGCCUUUGACUACUUUAGAGUGCCAGCAGCUCUUACAACCCUUGUCAAGGCCUACUUUAAGGACGUCCAACUCUGUGUGACAACAGCAGAGUACACAACAGCUUGGCAACACCUCUCCCCACUGGCCUUCACCUUGGCAAUGGAGGUCAUCAUUCGGGCCUCUAGAUGGACAGUUGGCGGACAGCAAAUAAGACCUGGGCUGAGGCUGCCACCAGUCAGAGCUUACAUGGAUGACCUCACAACUCUCACCACAACCAAGGUUUGCACUGUACGGCUAUUAAGUAAGCUCCAGGGCAACAUCGAGCGGGCCCGCAUGAAGAUCAAGCCGAGCAAGUCCAGAAGCAUUUCCAUCAUCAAGGGAAAGCUGUCAGACCACCAGUUCCACAUCGGCAAGGAACCCAUCCCAACUGUCUCAGAGAAGCCAGUGAAGAGUCUAGGUCGGUGGUAUGAUGCCUCCCUUAAAGACAAAGAGCAAGUAGAGCAGCUUAGGAAGGAGGUAGCCAGUGGCCUGGAGAACAUCGACAGAACCCUGCUUCCUGGCAAGCUAAAGCUCUGGUGCAUGCAGUAUGGACUACUUCCACGUCUCCUAUGGCCACUAACCCUCUACGAAGUCCCACUCUCAAAGGUGGAAAAGCUGGAGAGACUGGUCGGCUCAUACGUAAGGAAGUGGCUUGGCCUUCCCAGGUGCCUCAGCAGUAUUGGUCUUUAUGGCAAAGGGAUACUACACCUGCCCAUUUCCAGUCUGGUAGAGGAGUACAAGUGUGCCAAAGUCAGACUGGAGAUGAUGCUACUGGAUUCGAGUGAUCCAUUUGUAGCCCAAGCGGCCCCCAUCUUGGCCACCGGAAGGAAGUGGACACCGAUGGCUGCAACUGAGCAGGCAAAGGCGGCACUCAGACACAAGGACAUUGUGGGCCGAGUGCAGGAGGGGAGGAGUGGUCUUGGACUUGGGGCCAGUACACCAGUGUGGAGCAAGGCCUCUCCAUCUCAGAGACGCAAGAUGGUGGUCCAGGAGGUACGGCGGGAGGAGGAAGCAAGAAGGUGCGCCCAGGCAGUGGCACAGGCAAAGCAAGGGCAGUGGAUGGCAUGGGAAGGAGUGGAGAAGAGGAAGAUCUCCUGGAAAGAGCUGUGAGAAAUGGAGACAUUCAGGGCAAGCUUUACCAUCCGGGCUGCCUAUGAUGUCCUGCCUUCUCCUGCAAACCUAAGCCAAUGGUAUGCUGAGGACCCCACGUGCCCUCUAUGCCCAAGUCUAGCAACACUGAAGCACAUCUUAGUGGGAUGCAAGACCAGCCUCACCCAAGGGCGUUACACCUGGCGGCACAACCAGGUGCUGAAGUGUCUUGCUGCAGUGUUGGAAAAUCGACGGACAAAUGUGAAUGCCCUUCCUCCCCCAUCAUCCCAGUGGCAGCCAACACCAUUUGUUCGGGAG